CAAUUUCUCUAACAACUCGCUCUACCAAUAUUUAAGCCCCUUACCCACCCCACCAUUCUUUUCUCAGCUUGUCGUUCCAUUUUCUAGAGAAAACACAAACCCCCUAAUUGACCUUCAAUUUCUAUCUCAUUUUAAUUUCAAUUUUAUUUCGACAUGACCACCCUAACGCAGCCACCUUCUAAUACUGUCAGUCUCAACUACCUCCUAAAACAGCGUUCCAAAUGGGCCGGCCCGAACCGCGUUAAAUGCGUUUAUGCCUUCGAACCCACCAGCUUCGGAAUCGGCUCCAACCGAGUUGACUGGCAGAGCUCCUGCGCCAUUUUAUCCAGCAAAGUCUUCUCGGAGGAAAAAUCUUCUUCUUCCUCUAAUUCCACCGGAAACAACAACUCUGCUGCUGAUAACAUCGCCGCUGUUAACGGCCACAAAACAGCUGUUACGGACCUUAAUCUCGUCCCGAUUAACGGCAGCGGAGACAACGCUAAGUCGCUGCCUCCCAAGCCGCUAACGAUUUCUGACCUCUCGCCGGCUCCGAUGCACGGUUCGCAGCUUCGCGUGGCAUACCAGGGCGUUCCUGGCGCAUACUCCGAGGCCGCCGCUGGAAAAGCUUACCCUAAGUGUGAGGCCAUACCUUGCGACCAGUUCGAGGUGGCGUUCCAGGCAGUGGAGCUCUGGAUUGCCGACCGCGCUGUACUCCCAGUUGAAAACUCCCUUGGCGGAUCGAUCCACCGGAACUACGAUCUCCUCCUCCGCCACCGCCUUCACAUCGUUGGCGAGGUACAGCUCCCUGUCCACCACUGCCUCCUCGCUCUCCCCGGCGUACGAAAGGAGUACCUCAGCCGCGUAAUCUCGCACCCUCAAGCUCUAGCUCAGUGUGAGCACACUCUCACAAAGCUCGGCCUCAACGUGGUUCGCGAGGCUGUCGACGACACCGCGGGUGCUGCAGAGUUCGUGGCAGUCAACUGCCUCCGCGACACGGCGGCAAUUGCGAGCGCUCGCGCGGCAGAGCUGUAUGGACUCCAAGUUUUAGCGGACGGGAUCCAAGACGACCCGAGCAACGUAACCCGAUUCGUGAUGCUAGCACGAGAACCGAUAAUUCCUCGUACGGACAGGCCGUUCAAGACAAGCAUUGUUUUUGCGCACGAUAAGGGCACUUCGGUACUUUUCAAGGUGCUAUCGGCGUUCGCCUUCAGAAACAUAAGCUUGACGAAGAUCGAGUCGCGGCCACACAGGAACCGUCCGAUAAGGCUCGUGGAUGAUGCGAACGUUGGAACGGCGAAGCACUUUGAGUAUCUAUUCUACGUUGAUUUUGAGGCGUCUAUGGCGGAUGUUAGGGCUCAGAAUGCCUUGGCAGAGGUGCAGGAAUUCACCUCUUUCUUGAGAGUCUUGGGUAGUUAUCCUAUGGACAUGACUCCUUGGACACCCUCUUCGAGAGGAAAUUAGCGUUUUUUUAAUUAAUUAAUUAUUUUGUAAUUUUGAGUUUUCUGAAUAUAAACAUAAAAUAAUUACUUUAUUAUUUUGAUUCUCUUUUA